CUUUGAGUGAUUGUGUGUUAAAAGUGAUGAAUCAUAUAAAACAAUACAACACUUAACUAUCGAUUAUUUAUAUUAUAAUAGUUAUAAUCACUUCAAUCAAUACAAUCAAACAUAUCGUCAAUUAAUUGGGUUAUUAUAACUGAUAGCCGACUGACUGACCAAACUAUUGGCCACCGAUAGCAAUGGCCGAGCGCUAUAACAUUCACUCGCAAUUAGAGCAUUUGCAGUCAAAAUACAUCGGGACGGGACACGCGGACACAUCAAAGUUUGAAUGGAUGGUUAACCAACACCGGGACUCAAUUGCCUCAUAUCUCGGUCACUACGAUCUCCUCAACUUCUUCGCGUUGUCCGAAAAUGAGACCAAACAGCGAAUCAAAUUCAAUUUGAUGGAGAAAAUGAUCCAACCGUGUGGUCCGCCACCCGAUAAACAUGAAGACUGACCGCACAUUUAUCUAUCACUUUAAAUAAGUGUCAUAACAUCUAUAAUAAUAUUAUUAUUUUCAUACAAUCAUUAUUA